GCGGGGCUCGUCAGGGAUGCAGGCUGCGCUGUGAGCCCGGGCUCCAAGGCCAUGUCCGGCGCCCGCUGCCGGACCCUGUACCCCUUCUCCGGGGAGCGGCACGGCCAGGGGCUGCGCUUCGCCGCGGGCGAGCUGAUCACGCUGCUGCAGGUCCCGGACGGCGGCUGGUGGGAAGGCGAGAAGGAGGACGGGCUCCGCGGCUGGUUCCCAGCGAGCUACGUGCAGUUGCUGGAGAAGCCUGGAAUGGUACCCCCUCCGCCCGGAGAGGAAAGCCACAUUGUCAUCCUUCCACCUGGCUGGCAGAGCUACUUGUCUCCCCAGGGCCGGCGCUACUAUGUCAACACGGCCACCAAUGAGACCACCUGGGAACGUCCCAGCAGUUCUCCUGGGAUUCCAGCCAGCCCUGGCCCUCACAGGAGCUCUCUGCCUCCAACAGUGAAUGGAUACCACGUGGCAGGGACCCCAGCGUACCCUCCCGAGACUGCCCACAUGAGUGUCCGAAAAUCCACCGGUGAUUCCCAGAACCUGGGAUCCUCCUCACCAGGCAAAAAGCAGAGCAAGGAAAACACCAUCACGAUAAACUGUGUGACGUUCCCUCACCCAGACACGAUGCCAGAGCAACAGCUGCUGAAACCGACCGAGUGGAGCUAUUGUGACUAUUUCUGGGCUGAUAAGAAGGACCCCCAGGGCAAUGGCACCGUGGCUGGGUUUGAGCUCCUGCUUCAGAAGCAACUGAAGGGCAAGCAGAUGCAGAAGGAAAUGUCAGAAUUCAUCCGGGAGAGGAUAAAGAUCGAAGAGGAAUAUGCGAAAAACCUAGCUAAGCUCUCUCAGAACUCCUUGGCUGCGCAGGAGGAAGGGUCCCUGGGAGAAGCGUGGGCCCAGGUGAAGAAGAGCCUCGCGGAUGAGGCGGAAGUCCAUCUCAAGUUCUCCGCCAAGCUGCACAGCGAGGUGGAGAAACCCCUGAUGAACUUCCGAGAGAAUUUCAAGAAGGACAUGAAGAAGUGUGACCACCACAUCGCCGACCUCCGCAAGCAGCUGGCCAGCCGCUAUGCCGCAGUGGAGAAGGCCCGGAAGGCCCUCACGGAGCGGCAGAGAGACCUGGAGAUGAAGACCCAGCAGCUGGAGAUCAAGCUGAGCAACAAGACGGAGGAGGACAUCAAGAAGGCACGGAGGAAGUCCACGCAGGCUGGGGAUGACCUCAUGCGCUGCGUGGACCUCUACAACCAAGCCCAGUCCAAGUGGUUUGAAGAGAUGGUGACCACCACGUUGGAGCUGGAGCGGCUGGAGGUGGAGAGGGUGGAGAUGAUCCGGCAGCACCUGUGUCAGUACACACAGCUGAGGCACGAGACGGACAUGUUCAACCAAAGUACAGUUGAGCCUGUGGACCAGCUGCUUCGAAAAGUGGAUCCAGCCAAAGACAGGGAGCUGUGGGUCCGAGAGCACAAGACAGGCAACAUCCGCCCCGUGGACAUGGAGAUUUAGAUGGGCAUGCACGGCCCCGGGGGGUCCUGCCAAGGAGAGGGGCUGGGGGUCCCAUGGAGAGGAGGUGGCCGCGCCCGCCACGGGGCCCGCUGCUGAGUGCACCUGCCUCCCACCCACUGUCCUGGUCCUGGUCCUGGUCUGCCGAGCCGGGGUGAUUCCAGAAGGGAGGCCCCGCUGGGAGCGGCCAGUGCGUCCAGGCCGAGAAGACGGAUCCACAGCCCCGCCCUUGUCCCCAAGGCGGAAGCCCCCCAACUCCUGUGCUAUGUUUGCUGCUCCAGGGACACACUGAGGCUGGAGCUUGGUGGUCUCUGCCGAGCCCCGCAGGGGUCACCUCCCCACCCAGAGCCAGCCGCGUCACCCGCGUGUGCCCCUGGAAGCCCCGAGGCCCUCUGUCUAGCUGGUCCCCUAUGUCCUGGGCUUUGAAUGGUCAUGGGGGAAAGGUCCCUGUCUCCAACCAAGUAUCACGAUCAGAAUUGUCGCUGGAAGGCACUGCUCAGCUCAACAGCCCCCCACACCCAGAAUUCUUUGCAGUCCAGCCCACCCUCUUUCAUUUUUUUUUUUUCCUGUCACGUUCUGGGAGCUCACAUCCUGGCUCUUGGCCCCUUUUCCAUCAUCUGGGGUCUUGGGAAUAAGGCCUUGCUCCUCUCCGCGCAGACGGACCCUGCCUGGAGAGGUCAGGAUGGCACUACCUCAUUCAGCACAAGUCAGAGUGUUGAGUCACAUCUCACGCUAGGUCAGGCAUCUUCUGUCAAGUCUCCGGGCUGGAAACCCCAUUUCAUCCCACCCUUCGCUGCUUCCUCAGGGAGGCUCCCGCUGCCCACCCCUGCCCCGUCCCAGGCUCCUCACGGGGCUGGCUCAGUCCCCUGUGGGAGACGGGUUGGGAUGGCUCUUGGUCGCCCCUGCCCAUCCCCCGCAGAGGGCUCCAUCUGCUUGUAUUCGGCGGUGGGGGGGGCGUUGGUCCCUGUGUGGCUUUCUCUCCCUGGUGGGCAUUGCAUAGGGAGGGCAGACUCUCACGGCCUCAGCGGGGUGUCCCCUUCCAACCAGUGUCCUGCCACCCCAGCCUCAUCUUGUCCUGCACGUUCCAGAGCCCCGCACGGAGCCCUGCUUGGUGCUGGUACCACCUUCCCCUUUCCCCACCUCCUAAUUCCUGGGAAACCCGGGUCUGGGCGUGACAUGAGAAGCAUUCAGGACACCGCUCAUCAGUCCCUCCCUUUAUAGAAACACAGCAAACCCUGCUCUCCACCAUGUCAAACCCUGAGAAUCCACACCAAGGGACUGGAAGAAGUGGUGACACCCCACACCUCACACCCCGCCCACACCUCACACCCUGAAGGUGGUCACUUGGCCAGCAGGGGACAGAUUCUAGCCCAGAACCCACGCCCUGAGAACCCAUCCUUCUUCACUCAUCUUUCCCCUUGAUGACUUUGGAUGUCCAGCACCCAUACUCCCCCACAAGGGCAGGGUCCUAAAAGCACAACUUCUGGGUCCCUCAGUCUUUGUGCCGGGAAUUGAUGAUUCACUCAUCUUGAGUCUUUUGGCACCUCUUUCUUUCACUGAGACAGAAUUAGGCUCUCACAGUUUAGAAAGAUGCCCAGUGUCCUAGAGUAAGCCACAAUUGGUCACUUAUCCUGUUGAACCAUCCCAACCAAGAAGGUCUGUGUGGAGGUUGGAUCUGUCCCUGGCAGGGAGGACCGCUCCUUCGGGAUUGGGGGUUGGGCCAUGACACCAGCAACUGAUUUUAGGAUGUUCUGUCUUGGUUUGUCUAUGAAAAAUGGGUGCUGGUAGGAAUUGCCUUGUGACCGAGUGGACUAAUUUGUGGGUGAUUUUCAACUGUUCAAAGCCAAUAGCCUUGUUACUAACAUAGAUAUUUUGAGUGUG